AUGGCUGGUAUGGGCGGCGGUAUCGUGUGGUGCUCCAACGAACUGGAGCGUCGCGAAACACUACCAGCCAACAAGGCCCUAUUGUCGUUUAUAUACGGUCAAUGUGGUCCCCAAACGAUCACAGACAGCAUCAGCUGCAGCAACGAUAGUGACAGUGGCAGCGUUAGAAGUCACAGCAGCGGCAGCGGCAGCGGCAGCGGCACGACGACGACGCUGAUGGCUACGACAGUGGCAACAAAAAUAGGCGAUUUAUCCAAAAAGGCUGUGUGUGACAAGCAGUGCGAGAUUGUAAUUGCAUGCAUGUUGCGAAGCAAGCAUGCGCCAAAACGUUUCUUUGCUGCACUACAACAACUACAACAAUUGUUGCCUCUAACGACUAUUGGUCAUGGAUUAUCCAGUGGCGGCGCUGUUUCACAUCAAUACGUUUCUAAACCUCUUCAGCCUGUGGCUUAUGCAGCUCCAGCGAUUACCAAAGUGGCUGCUGUGGCACCAGUCGUAGCUCAGUAUCCUUCAGCCUCUGCGUCUAUACACGCCGGUGCACAGUCAAUCAAAUAUGGCAGUAGUGGCGCAGUUUCGCACCAGUAUGUUUCGAAACCUUUACAACCAGUUAGUUAUGCGCCUGCGUCAAUAGCAAAAGUUCCAGCAGUUGCAGUCCCGGCAGUUACAAAGUUGGAAACAUAUGCCGCACCCGCAGUGUCACAAUAUUCUUCCGGCCUUGGGAUAUCCCAACAUGGCAGCUAUGCUACCGGCUCCGCCGUUUCAUCUAUUCAUGGCAGUGGCGCUAUUUCACAUCAGCAGAUUUCAAAGUCUCUACAACCGCUUGCUUAUGCCACCCCCACCAUAACAAAAGUCGCUGCUGUCGCACCAGUUGCCGUAGGCCCUCUUGUCACACAAUACUCUUCAGGCUCUGGCUUAGCCUAUGCACCAGCUUCACUGGCUAAAGUGGGUGCUUACGCAGCACCCGCUGUUACACAUUAUACCUCAGGUCUGGGAGUUUCGAGCGGUGAGUCUAUAAAAUAUGCCAGCGGCGGUGCCAUUUCCCAUCAACAAGUUUCGACGCCAUCAAAGUCACUACUCUUUGCCAGCCAAGCUGCUACACUAACAACUCCAGUCAUUAGCGCGCCCAAAGCUUACCUACCACCUGCUCUCGGCAUCACGAAAUCGACGACUUAUCCACUUCCAGGUGUAACAUCCAUACACUCCAGCACUGGUUAUGGUGGUUCUAGUGGUUCUGUUUCGCAUCAAUAUGUCUCCAAGCCUGCUGUUGCAGUUAGCAAAAUAACACCCUACUCAGCGCCGGCGGCAAUUACGCCUAUCAUAUCUAGCCCUGCGAUAGCAAAGGUAGGCGCAUAUGCCUCGCCGGGCAUAGCAUCGAUCCACUCUGCUGGUGCUGGUGCAGUUGGUUUGGCCAAGUUAUCAACAGGCAGCGCGAUCUCACAUCAAUACUCGAGUUCAGCUGGUAAAUCAGGUAUCAGUGCGUAUACGGCCCAUACUGCACCUGGUAGUAUUGGUUUGGGUAAAUACGUAUCCAAUGAAGCGCUGCUCCAUCAACAACCAAUUCCUUUAGUAGCGAAUUUGGCGCAUUCCACUUUGGCCAAAUCAAGUUUGAGCUAUUCCGCUUCAGCACCGUUAACGACAACUGGAUAUUCAUCGAUUCCUCUCGGACACGGCGGUUCAUAUUAUGGAGCGAUAGCUUUGGGACACACUGGCCUAUCACCGAUUUUAAAACUUGGCGGAGCGGCACAAUCCUCCCUACACGGCAUUGGUGCGAAUUUAAAUGUGUCACCCUUAAAAUAUGGUGCGCCAGCGGGUUUGCCACUGCUAAAGGGUCAAGGAGAAUUGUUAAAUGGCUAUGCGCAUGGAAUUGGCGGCAUUGGGCCAUUAGGCGCUGGCCUCUAUCGAUAUGCACCUGCAGUUUCACCAAUGCACGAGUAUUUGCGCACUGCGACACACCGUGUACGACAGGCGACGACGACGACGACGAGUGUUAUGCCAUCUGCACAAACGCACGCAACGCAGCCUUAG